AUGCAGAUCAAGGCUUCUUACGGUGCGCUGUUGGCGCUGGUUUCCACGGCAUGUGCCAUGCCCACGUCCUUCCUGCAGGCGCGAUCGCUGCAGGUCGAGGAAAAGAUGGAUGCUACGUGGCGGAUUCACGAGUCGUGCAACGGCACUCAGCGUGCUCAGAUCCAGCGCGGUGUGGACGACAUGCACAAGCUCGCCUCCUCCUCCAUCGCCCACCUGGUGAACCAUCCGCGCGAUGCUUUCUUCACAACGUACUUUGGCGAAGAGGGUGAUCCCGCCAGCGUGAUAGGAUACUUUGAACAGCUUAUCUCCGGUGACAAAGGUGGUGCACUUUUGCGAUGCGACAACCCGGAUGGCAACUGCCAAUUCGCCGACUGGAACGGACAUUGGAGGGGUAACAAUGCCACUGCCGAGACGGUGAUUUGCGAUCUGUCCUACCAAACCCGUCGACCCCUCGAGCAAGUCUGUGGGUUUGGAUUCCAACUCGCCCGCGACAACCCCUCGACGUACUUUGGCGCCGAUCUCCUCCACCGCGCCUUCCACGUGCCGCAGUUUGUCAACGAGAAGAUCCACCACUACGCAGACACCUACGCCGACUGCCUCGAACUCGCAAAGACCAACUCCUCCGCCGCUGUCACAAACCAGCACAGCCUCCAGUACUUUGCCCUCGACGUCUACUCGCGAAACAUGGUCAAGAACGGCUGUGUAGGAAAGGUCGAAGACACGCACGACCACAACCAUGCUACCACCAGUGCAGCUGCUCCCGCUCAGACCCAGGCACACACUUCGUCCAGCGCAGCCCCCAGCGCAACCGCCGCCCCAGCUUCCUCCGACUGCCACACCCACGCAGACGGCUCGGUCCACUGCGGAACCCACUAA